AUGGUGCGCUACACCGCCCACGAGCUGAACCUCCAGCCGCGUGUCUCGCGGCCAGAGGCUUCACCGACCAGUCUUUGGACCGGGUCCCCUGGUGUUAAGUCGAUCUUUCGUGUCUGGGGCUGCCUUGUACUCGUCAGCGAUACCUCUGCAGACAAGAUCUCGGCUCGCGCCAUCCCCUAUGUCUUCCUUGGUUUCCCGGUGGGUUCUCCCGAAUACUCCUUUUAUCACCCGCCCCUCCACCAGGUUCUCGACUCUCGUGAUGUCAUAUUUGACGAGUUAGUGUCCUACUACACCAAGUACCCCUGUCGAGGUCUCUCGGUCCCCCCUCCUCCUCUUUUCCUCGCACCCUCUCCUCCUCCUGCUCUCGCUCCUCAGGUCCCCCCGCCCCACCCUGGUCCUGCCCCGUUACUGUGGACUCAGGUGGUGUUGGAGCUGGAGGUGCUGCCGCUGGAGGUACUCGGGAUGAGGGCGCUCAUUCGAGAGGUGUUGGAGCUGGAGGUGCUGGCACUGGAGGUGCUAGCUCUGGGGAUGUUGGAGCUGGCGGUGCUGGCACUGGCGGUGCUAGCUCUGGGGGUGUUGGAGCUGGAGGUGCUGGCACUGGAGGUGCUAGCUCUGGGGGUGUUGGAGCUGGAGGUGCUGGCACUAGAGGUGCUAGCUCUGGGGGUGUCGGAGGUGGAGGUACUGGCGCUGGCGGUGCUCGUACUGGGGACGGUGGAGCCGAGGGUGCCAACGCUGGAGUCACCUCCUCCUGUUGUCCCGCACGACUGGACCGCUCGUUGUCCCCUCCGUGCUUGUCCCUCGUCUCCUCUUGCCAACCUCUGCACUGCCUUGUUUCGUUCAAGUCCUCGUCAUACUCCACCAGAGUCUGUUCUCCCGUCACCUCCUGCAUCGUCUCUCACCGUCUCCUCUCACCCUAUCACUGACUACUACCGUACGGCGCGUCCAUUUGUCGCGCGUGCUCUCGCCUCUCUUGUCACCGACCCUCGUGCCUCUCCGUCGUCUGACUCCGCUCUCACAGUUGCUGUCACUGACUUUGCGUCCACCCGCCACCUUGACUUUGCCACGCAUGUCAUGGCUGCCCCGCCUGCCCGUCCUAAGGCCGCCGGGGGUGGGUUUGCCCUUGGCUGUGACGUCCUCGAGGACAGGUAG